AUGGACCUGGGCAGCAGCAGCAGCAGUGACUCGGCUCCCGACUGCUGGGACCAGGUGGACAUGGAAGCACCGGGUUUGGCCCCGAGCGGGGACCGAGCCUCCUCGGCGUUGGCGGCGGCCGCCGCCGAGGUGCAGCAUGAGCCCCUCAGCUCGGCCUUCAGCCGUCAGCUCAACAUCAACGCCAAACCCUUCGUGCCUAACGUCCAUGCCGCGGAGUUCGUGCCGGCCUUCCUGCGGGGCCCGAGCCAGCCGCAGACCCCCCCGAAUGACGCCCCCGGAUUCUAUGAAACCUGUACGGGCGCGGGCAACCCUCAAGGUAAAAGGCUGGGACGGGGGGCACCUGUGGAACAUUCCAAAGAGGAACAGUUAUUGUGGCGUGAAGGUUCCAAUUCAGCCGUUACCAUGGAACUUUCAGAACCUGUUGUAGAAAAUGGAGAGGUGGAGAUGGUUUUAGAAGAGUCAUGGGAGCACAAUAAAGAAGUAAGUGAAGCCGAGCCAGGGGGUAGUUCCUUGGGAGAUUCGGGGCCCCCAGAAGAAAGUGGCCAGGAAAUGAUGGAGAAAGAGGAAAUCAGAAAAUCGAAAUCUAUGGUCGUACCCUCAGGUGCGCCUAAAAAAGAACACGUAAAUGUGGUAUUCAUUGGGCAUGUCGAUGCCGGGAAGUCAACCAUUGGAGGACAGAUCAUGUUUUUGACAGGAAUGGUUGACAAAAGAACACUUGAGAAAUAUGAAAGAGAAGCUAAAGAAAAAAACAGAGAAACUUGGUAUUUGUCCUGGGCCUUAGAUACAAACCAGGAAGAACGAGACAAGGGUAAAACAGUAGAAGUGGGUCGUGCCUAUUUUGAAACAGAAAAGAAACAUUUCACAAUUUUAGAUGCCCCUGGCCAUAAGAGUUUUGUCCCAAAUAUGAUCGGUGGUGCUUCUCAAGCUGAUUUGGCUGUACUGGUAAUCUCUGCCAGGAAAGGAGAGUUUGAGACUGGAUUUGAAAAAGGUGGACAGACAAGAGAACAUGCAAUGUUGGCAAAAACGGCAGGGGUGAAAUAUUUGAUAGUGCUUAUUAAUAAGAUGGAUGAUCCCACAGUAAAUUGGAGCAUUGAGAGAUAUGAAGAAUGUAAAGAAAAGCUAGUGCCCUUUUUGAAAAAAGUCGGCUUUAGUCCCAAAAAGGACAUUCACUUUAUGCCCUGCUCAGGGCUGACCGGGGCAAAUAUUAAAGAGCAAUCAGAUUUCUGCCCUUGGUACACUGGAUUACCAUUCAUUCCAUAUUUGGAUAAUAUGCCAAACUUCAACAGAUCCAUUGAUGGACCAAUUAGACUGCCAAUUGUGGAUAAGUACAAGGAUAUGGGCACUGUGGUCCUGGGAAAGCUGGAAUCAGGAUCCAUUUUUAAAGGCCAGCAGCUUGUGAUGAUGCCAAACAAGCACAAUGUGGAAGUUCUUGGAAUACUUUCUGAUGAUGCUGAAACUGAUUAUGUAGCCCCAGGUGAAAACCUUAAAAUCAGACUGAAGGGAAUUGAAGAAGAAGAGAUUCUUCCAGGAUUCAUACUCUGUGAUCCUACUAAUCUUUGCCAUUCUGGACGCACAUUUGAUGUUCAGAUAGUGAUUAUUGAGCACAAAUCCAUCAUCUGCCCAGGUUAUAAUGCAGUGCUGCAUAUUCAUACUUGUAUUGAGGAAGUUGAGAUAACAGCCUUAAUCUCCUUGGUAGAUAAAAAAUCAGGAGAAAAGAGUAAGACACGGCCCCGCUUCGUGAAGCAAGAUCAAGUGUGCAUUGCCCGUUUAAGGACAGCAGGAACUAUCUGCCUUGAGACAUUCAAAGAUUUUCCUCAGAUGGGUCGUUUUACUUUAAGAGAUGAGGGUAAGACCAUUGCAAUUGGCAAAGUUCUGAAACUGGUCCCAGAGAAGGACUAA